GCGGCGAGGAUGGCGGCAGCGUCGUGGGCGCGGCGGAGAUGAGCUCCCGCGGCCCCGGGCCCAGGGCGGCGCGGCCGGAGUGGGCGGGGGUCCUGAUGCAGGCCCGAGGGGGGCCAUGGGGCAGGUCCUGCCGGUCUUCGCCCACUGCAAAGAAGCUCCUUCUACAGCCUCCUCUACCCCUGAUUCCACAGAAGGAGGGAACGACGACUCAGAUUUUCGGGAGCUGCACACAGCCCGGGAAUUCUCGGAGGACGACGAGGAGACCACGUCGCAGGACUGGGGCACCCCCCGGGAGCUGACCUUCUCCUACAUCGCCUUCGAUGGCGUAGUGGGCUCCGGGGGGCGCAGGGAUUCAGCUGCCCGCCGCCCCCGGCCCCAAGGCCGCUCAGUCUCGGAACCACGAGACCAACCCCCUCAGCCCGGCCUGGGCGACAGCUUGGAGAGCAUCCCCAGCCUGAGCCAAUCCCCAGAGCCGGGACGCGGCAGUGACCCCGACACUGCCCCUCAGGCUGAGCGGCCCCUCGAGGACCUGAGGCUCCGGCUAGACCAGCUGGGCUGGGCGGCCCGGGGAGCGGGAUCCGGAGAGGAUUCCGCCACCAGCAGUUCCACCCCUCUGGAAGACGAGGAGCCCGACGCAUCAGAGGCAGGAGAGGCUGGGGAAGAACUGGACCUACAACUUCGACUUGCUCAGACCUCGCCACCCAAGGUCUUGACUCCCCAGCCCAGCCCGGGCUCUGGAACCUCCCAGGCCCGUACCCCGUCCCCACCCCGAUACCAAGAUUCGAACUCUGGUCCUGAUCAGCCCAGGCUCGACGAGGAAGAACCCUGGGGGCUGCUGGAGCGGGAGCCAAUCACGGGACAGUGCCUCGAUAGCACGGACCAAUCAGAACUUACAUUGGAGCCACACCUUUUAGUGGCGGACCUGCUGUACUGGAAGGACACAAGGACAUCAGGAGUGGUCUUCACAGGCCUCAUGGUCUCCCUCCUCUGCCUCCUGCACUUUAGCAUCGUGUCUGUGGCCGCCCAUGUGGCACUGUUGCUGCUCUGUGGCACCAUCUCUCUCAGGGUUUACCGCAAAGUGCUGCAGGCCGUGCACCGCGGGGAUGGAGCCAACCCCUUCCAGGCCUACCUGGAUGUGGACCUGACCCUGACUCGCGAGCAGACAGAACGUUUGUCCCAGCAGAUUGCCUCCUAUGUGAUCUCUAUGGCCACCCAGCUGCGGCAUUUCUUCCUGGUAGAAGACCUCGUGGAUUCCCUCAAGCUGGCCCUCCUGUUCUACAUCUUGACCUUCGUGGGUGCAAUCUUCAAUGGUUUGACUCUUCUCAUUCUGGGAGUGAUCAGUUUAUUCACUGUCCCCCUGCUGUAUCGGCAGCACCAGGCCCAGAUCGACCAGUAUGUGGGGUUGGUGAACAGUCAACUGAGCCACGUCAAAGCUAAGAUCCGAGCUAAGAUCCCAGGGACAGGAGCCCUUGCCUCAGCAGCAGCUGCAGUGUCUGGAUCCAAAGCCAAAGCCGAAUGAGAGGGGUGUCUCUGCCUGCGGAACGCCUGCCCCCACCCGUUGCAGCCCUCUGGCCCCUCUCCAUCUCCCAUCCAUCCCCAUCCUCUCCCCGCCUCGGCCCGUCAUUCCCCGGUGGGUGUCAGGAUCGCUCAGACCAGGGAAUCUGCGCCAAUUGCCUGAGCGGCCAGGACUACAUUUCCCAAGAGGCACUGCUCUAGGAGUCCCGGAAAGGCGAGGCACCUUGGCCGCAGGGCCUUCUAGGACUUGUAGUUGACUAGGCAGGGCACCGCCCUGCACUUCCGUGACCCCGCCGCUGGAGGCGCCGUGAGGGGGUGGCGUCUCCUGGACGCCACUAGCCCCAACGCCUGGGCUUUGCAUGGGGCCCAGGCGAGGCCUGAGCUUGGAUUUACACUGUAAUAAAGACUCUUGUGGAAAACC